UCUCCUAUGUUUCCCAAUCUUUAGUUGCGUCUCGGAAAGUUUCAGACUUUUACAAACAAGGUGUAUUUUCGAGUGACAGGGCUUGCUUAGAUUUGUUCCAUGGUUGCUUGGUACUUGCACUGCUACUCUUCGUUACAGAAUUCACAUUAGUGGCGGCUUAGCCCCGCCAAAAACUAUUUUGACUGAAUGAUGUUUUAAGUAGAUCGGCCGUCGACUCCAUGACCCUCUGUAAAAAGCUGUUGAGGCUAUCAAAGCCAAUUGUAGAAUAUUAUUCUUGUAUUAAUUUCUUUGUUUAUUGUUACAUUUAUCACUGUUGAUAACAGACUGUAGAACUUGUCCACUUUAUCUACUGGCAAUAACACGUUAACCUUUUUCUAUAAUUGAAACAAAAGCUGUAUUAAAUGAAUUGUGCUUGAGUGGAGGAGGCAAAGAGCAAGUAUAGUCAUUGUCGUGUUUGCCCCUGUUAAAUGUUUCCGGGAAACUACGUCAAUGCCUUCGGAGAUUACCCCACGGGGAAUCCCCGUUCUUUGAAAGUAAGCUUGACACAUCUGACGGAAGGAGCCGCAGUGCUACACACACCACCUCGGCAAGUUGUGAGAGGCAGCCGUGUAUCAGUAUUUCAAGUGUUUUCCGGUUUAUCUUAGUGAUAAUAAUUGAAAAUGUGCAUGCUGAUCUUCUUUCGACCAAGCUUCGUGGCCUGUACAACAAGGAGUUUGUCCCUUGGCAUCGGCCUGGUCGGCUUGAUUAUCUCCGUGAUAUUUAUUGCUCUGACAUCCUUCAUGCUGCACGCAAGUAUCAAUGAGAACUACGAGCAGAAUUUCCUGCCCUUAAAAG